AAUCAGUGAAAAUUUCCUAUUUAUAUUUAUGCUUUUUGUUACAAAUUAUCACAAAUUAAUACAAUUUUAUUUUGAACUUAUAUUUUAAAUUGUUUAUUACGUUGUGGGCGUGUUAUGAUAAUGCUAUACUGGACGUAAAGCCUCAGAUAUUUUGAGGCAUAUUUGGCAAUGUUGCUGAAAUUAGAAAAUACAGGGUCUUAGAAGUUUGAUCAGCCUAGCUUUUGGCUUUCAAAAAUAGAUCAACCUAUAUUAUCCAGUCCAAAAACAUUUUUCGUCAAUUUAUUUAUAUAUUUUACGUAUUUGUACAACACGUUGCUAUUUAUAAUAAAUAUUAAUUUAACACUUUUAAUUUGAUUAUUAGUUCAAUGAAGAAAUAUACAAGUAACAGAUUAUUGUGAUGAACAAAUAAAGUAGUAAAUAUAGAUUCGUGAUGUAUAUUGUGUUAAUGGAAAUACAUACUUUCAAUAUUAGAGAAUAUUUGUAAAAGUGCUCUUUUACAAUAAUGAUUUACAAAAAUGACAGUAUUUUUCUUGAUGAAGAAGAUAACAUUAUACCAUCACCUACAGUGGGAAAUGCUAGUGAAAAUUUAACAGACAACGUAACUAUACAUAUUUAUAAAGAAAGUACUACAGGUGGACACUGGUGUGCUCGAAUCAUAUUCUUUACUGUCUUAACAAUGCUUGUUGGCUUAAUCGGUGUAGUUAUUAUUGAGCACAGAGGUACUACAGACAUUAGUACACCAUUAGAAUCUUCUCGUUGGGCCUUUAUCUUUGAUGGGUGGGUAGAUGAUUCUUUGUCUCUAUCUAAUGAAGAAUCACAUGAUAACGAAAAUGAAAAAACUAAACAAAUAGAAGAUGAAAGGAGAUAUAAUGAAGACGAUGAAAAGUUAGAAACUACAGAAAUUGAAAUUGAAUCUGAAAUUGCAACUGAAACUGAAACUGAUACAGAAACUGAAACUGGAGAAGUUCAGGAUGAUGAAAUGUUGAAUGAAUCUACAGAAGAAGAAGAAAAAGAAGAAGAAGAAGAAAUAACGAAAGAAGAAGAAGAAGAAGAAGAAGAAGAAGGAGAAGGAGAAGAGGAAGACCAGGAAACUGCAAUUGAAAAUGAAUCAAACGAAGAAGAAAGUGAAAUUUUUCCAAAUAAAGAAGAUAUCAAUACAGAAUUAAGCCGUGAGAGUAAAUAUGAAAACAGGAAGCACACAGAAGUUACAAUAGAAGAUGAUGAUAUUAGUUCAACGUUUGAUGAUACUAAUGUGUUAGAAGAAAUAUACGGUAUUAGUACAGAGAAAGAUUCAGAUGAAAGAACUGUUUUAAAUGAAGUAGAUAACCAAUUUGAUAAAAUGUUAGAAAUGCCAAGAAAUGAAGACGUAUUUGAGACAUUUUUAGACGACAUUCCUGGUGUUAAGGAAAUUAAUGAUGACAAUAUAGAACCUUUAGAAGAGGUAGAAAACACAGAACCAGAAGAAUAUGUUAAUGAUGUAGAUGUAAAGCCAGAAAUAGAAGAAAUAGAAGAAGAAUCUACUAGCGUGGCAAUGAAGUUUGGAGUCGGUGUGGCACUUAUUGUCGCUGCACAUUUUGUCCUUGUGAAACGAUGGAAUAAUGGAAAGCAUGAAAAAGAAAUGCAAGAGAAAAGUGGAAAAAUAGAAACAAAGAAAUAUAAGCGCGGAGAAGAAGAGGAUAAAAAAACACGCCAAGUUGUUGGGCAAAAAGAUACUGAGUGCGAGAAAGGAGAAAAGGAACAAGAGGAGGGGGAUGAGAGAGAUGUAGAGGAAGGGGCAGGAGAAGAAGGAGGGGAAGAGGAAGGAGAAUUAAUGAACAAACGGAAUCAAGAUGACAUAGAAGAAAAAAAGGAAGGAGCAUUAGGAACACGAGAAGGAAAAGAAGGGAAUCAAAAUAUAAGAUGGAAUCAAAUAAAAAACGAAAAAGAUAAGAGCAACAAAAAUCAAAUGAAGCAAAACGAUGAAAUAGGAAUUGUGCAAAAGACAAUGUUAAAAGAAAAAGAACGAACAGAAGAAGAAGAAGAGGAUGAAGGAGAAGAAGGAGAAGAAGAAGAAGAAGUAGAAGAAGAAGAGGAGGAGGAGGACGACGAAGAGGGAGAGGAGGAAGAGGGAGAAGAGGAAGAGGGAGAAGAGGAAGAGGAAGAAGAAAAGGAUGAAGGAGAAGAAGAAGAAGAGGAGGAAAUCGAAAAUUUUGACGAUACUGAGUUAAUUGCGAAACUUGAAGCUAAAUACGGAAAAUUACAAACUUUACAAAAUGACAAUGAAGAAGAUAGCGAACAUGAAAAAGAAAUAACAACCAACAGUUUAGUAACGUGGAAGCAAAAACAAUAAAUAAUCUAUUGAAUUGUACGUAUAUCCAAUGUGAGAAACAGUUUUAGAAUUUAUUGAAAUUGCAGAAUUUAUUUUUAUAUAAGCAAGUUACCAUAUUUAAUAAAUGAAAUGUUACUGUAUAAAAACAA